AAUGAAAAAGGAAAAUUCUGGGUCUCCAGAUCCCCACUGUCCCCCAUCGGUCGCCGUUGCCGGUCAUCGGAGUUAAUCACGACAGAAAAUUAUUGAGCUCAGUUUUUGUGCAAAAUGGUGAUAAAAUGUGGAACUGAAAGUGAAAAGGAGAUCAGCUUUAGAUGUGUUCAGUGUGGAUUCUCAGUUACAACUCUUUACAUACAGUACUCUCCUGGCAAUAUCCGUCUCAUGAAAUGCGGAAAUUGCAAAGCAGUUGCUGAUGAGUACAUUGAAUGUGAACUUAUGAUAUUGGUCAUUGACUUGAUUUUGCAUAAAAUUAAAGCUUACAGACACUUGUUCUACAAUAGGUUCUCGAGAGAGACUUUGCAUAAUGAGGUCUUGUUGUGGAAAUUAUCUUUGGGUUUCCUGAUUUUAGAUGCUUACCAAAUGUUGGCGGUAUGCACAACUCAAGAUGAGAGGAGUUUGCCUGCAAGCUUUGCCUCAUUUCUGGGGCUUUGUGGAAAGGUGCUCAUGGGCGUCUUCUUUGGGAAUCUCAUGUUCCUUGGCAUAAUUCUAUUUGGCACAAGGAAGUUUCUGAAUGCAAAAAUAGGAGAUUCAAGGUGUAAGCAUAUAUUGCUUUCAAUCCUCGUUUCGAGUUACUUCAAGAUUUUUGUUAUUGCCAUGAUGGUGUGGGAAUUUCCCUCUUCCGUUGUUUUCAUCAUUAAAAUGUUUGUCUUGUCAUCUAAUGCACUGGCAUUACUGGUGAUCACAGAUGCAGUCAUGAUUCGAUGCAUAUGGAUCUGCUUUGCUGCACAUGCCAUGAAAUUCCUUGUUACUCAAGGUCUAGGAACAUAUCAAAAGCUAGUUCUUUGGUAGUCAUUCAGCAGAGUUCAUAAAUCCAUACUCUUUUAAUGGUUGCAUCUUGACAUUGGCUUGAGAGUAACUUCAAACCUCCAAACGGUUCAGGCUGAAGAUCUCAUCCUGUGUUGCUUCAGAAUCGUCUGAUUAGAAUUGGGUAUCCUGAAAGCUCCUCAUUUCUUUUGUCUUUGACAUUUCCUACCCGUCCUUUGUCCAACGUACUAGAAUAAGCAAGGUGGUGUGUUCUCAGAUAGGAAAUUUGACUCUGGUGAUCGCGGAGAUGCCUACGAUCAAACAUGGAGAGAUGGACACUGGUACUCUUACUAUGAUAACACUAGUUGUUCUAUUUUUUCAUGUUUUCAAUAGAGAUAUAUUUAUGUUCUCUGUAUAACAGUCCAUUUUAUAAUGUAGGUUAACUCCAAGUCAGGAGAACAUGUAUUAGGACUAUUAUUUUGUUAUUACCACAAUUAAUUAUCUUUGAGGAUGAUUUAAUGAGUUGAAA